UUGUGGUGCGCACUUUCCCAAAAAGGGCCAGUUGAAGGCAGAGCACGGAUUGGAGUCCAGGCGGCGAAAAUGAAGUUCCUGCUGAAGAAAUGCCUGCGCAAGAAGGCACCGGAGAUGAAACCCGGGGCCAUUCUGGAUGCCGUCAUCUCGCAGUCCUCGGCCACCGCCUGCAAGUGUCUGCUCUACAAGCUGGCUGACUACAAAAGGGGUGGUGACCUCAUCGACGCCAUUAACUCGGGCGGACUGAUUGCCGUGGAGCAGCUGAUCCGCGAGCAGUUCGGCGUGUUCAUGUACAACGACGGUAAGGGCCAGGUGAUUAACCGGGCGGAGUUCCUGCGCUGGAAGUACCGCGACCACACCGAGGUGACCAUCCCGAUCGAGGCGUCGCUGUCCAUCCACGAUCCGCUGGGCAAGUGGGAGGACCACAAGGCCUGCUGGCAGAUGCAGUACCGCGGCGCCCUGGGCGAGAGCCUGCUCCACGUGCUGAUCAUCUGCGACUCCAAGGUGCACACGAAGCUGGCGCGCGUACUGCUCCGCGUGUUCCCCAACCUGGCGCUGGACGUGAUGGAGGGCGAGGAGUAUCUGGGCGCCAGUGCGCUGCACCUGUCGAUUGCAUACAGCAACAAUGAGCUGGUGGCGGACCUCAUCGAGGCCGGAGCGGACAUCAAUCAGCGGGCCAUCGGCAGCUUCUUUCUGCCACGCGACCAGCAGCGGGCGCAUCCGGCCAAGAGCACCGACUACGAGGGACUGGCCUACAUGGGCGAAUAUCCGCUGGCCUGGGCCGCCUGCUGUGCCAACGAGAGUGUCUACAACCUGCUGGUGGACUGCGGCUCCGAUCCGGAUGCCCAGGACUCCUUCGGCAACAUGAUCCUGCACAUGGUGGUGGUGUGCGACAAGCUGGACAUGUUCGGCUACGCCCUGCGACAUCCGAAGACCCCGGCCAAGAAUGGCAUUGUCAACCAGACGGGCCUGACGCCCCUGACCCUGGCCUGCAAGCUGGGCCGGGCCGAGGUCUUCCGCGAGAUGUUGGAGCUCUCCGCCCGCGAGUUCUGGCGGUACAGCAACAUCACCUGCUCAGGAUAUCCCCUUAAUGCGCUGGACACCCUUUUGCCGGACGGAAGGACCAACUGGAAUUCGGCAUUGUUUAUCAUCCUGAAUGGAACCAAACCGGAGCAUCUGGACAUGUUGGACGGCGGCAUCAUCCAGCGCCUGUUGGAGGAGAAGUGGAAGACCUUUGCGCAGAACCAGUUCCUGAAGCGCCUGCUCAUCCUGUCCACCCAUCUGCUGUGCCUGUCCGUGUCCGUUUACCUGCGACCCGCCCACGAUGGCGAGGCCGAGGGCGAUGACUCGGAGGGAUCUGAUCCGCUGGCGGCCGCUCUGCAGGAUGUGGAGCCGGGCGAGGGAACUGAUGGCGACUACAAUGCCCAAACGGUGGCGCGUUAUUGUGCCGAGUUCGCCACCCUGGCAGGAGUCCUGAGUUACGUCGUCUUUCAGCAGGGCGACGAGAUCAAGAACCAAGGACUAUCCGCAUUUCUUAAGCAGCUGUCCCAUGCGCCGGCUAAGGCGAUUUUCCUGUUCUCCAACCUGCUGAUCCUGGCCUGCAUUCCGUUUCGCCUGAUUGGUGACACCGAUACCGAGGAGGCUAUCCUGAUCUUUGCUGUACCGGGCUCCUGGUUCCUUCUAAUGUUCUUUGCGGGGGCCAUUCGGUUGACGGGUCCCUUUGUGACCAUGAUCUAUUCCAUGAUCACGGGCGACAUGUUCACCUUCGGCAUAAUCUAUUGCAUUGUGCUGUGUGGCUUCUCGCAGGCCUUCUACUUCCUGUACAAGGGACAUCCCCAGGUGCAGUCCACCAUGUUCAACACCUACACCAGCACCUGGAUGGCCCUGUUCCAGACCACUUUGGGCGAUUAUAAUUAUCCAGAUCUGAAUCAGACCACCUAUCCGAAUCUCUCGAAGACCGUGUUCGUCAUCUUCAUGAUCUUUGUGCCCAUCCUGUUGCUGAACAUGUUGAUCGCCAUGAUGGGCAACACCUAUGUGACCGUCAUCGAGCAGUCGGAGAAGGAGUGGAUGAAGCAGUGGGCCAAGAUCGUGGUCACCUUGGAGCGGGCCGUGCCGCAGGCGGAUGCCAAGGGCUACCUGGAGGCCUAUUCCAUUCCGCUGGGUCCGUCCGACGAUUCGGGAUUCGAGGUGCGCGGCGUGAUGGUGAUCAAGAGCAAGAGCAAGACGCGGGCCAAGCAGCGCAAGGGAGCCGUCUCCAACUGGAAGCGUGUGGGUCGUGUGACGCUGACGGCACUGAAGAAGCGCGGCAUGACCGGCGAGGAGAUGCGUCGACUCAUGUGGGGACGUGCCUCCAUCUCCAGUCCCGUGAAGGUGGCCAAGCAGAAGCUCAAGGAUCCCUACAACCUGCACACCGACUCGGACUUCACCAACGCCAUGGACAUGCUGACCUUCGCCAACGAUCCGGCCUCCUCCAAUGGGCUUGUCCUGCGCACCGCCGUGACAGCUCCACCGCCCGCUCCGCCAGCUCCGGAUCCCUUCAGGGAGCUGAUCAUGAUGUCGGACCAGCGACCGGAGACCCAUGAUCCCCACUACUUUGCCGGACUGCAGCAGCUGGCCAACAAGGCCUUUGAUUUGGUGGAGCAGACAAUGAAGACGCAGCCACAGCAGCCGGUGGUCAAGAUGAUGGAUCCAUUGCCUGCCGCGCCCCCAGCUACUGUUCCUGCUGCUGCUGCUGCUGCUGCAGCUGCUCCUCCUCCCGACCUAAUGGCCAUGCCCCUGCCAAUGUCCAACUUGAGUAACCUGUUCCAGGACCCCAAGGACAUCGUCGACCCCAAGAAGCUGGAGGAGUUCAUGGCCAUGCUGGCCGAGGUGGAGACGGAGGAGAGCGACAGCGGUGGGCCCAUUCUGGGCAAGCUCUCGCUGGCCAAACGGACGCAUAACGCCCUGUCCAAGGCAGACAUACGGCGGGAACAGCCGGGUCUCGACGAGGGUCACAGCCAUGGCCAGUUCCAGCCCAUGUCCUCGGUGUGGGCACCACCAGGUCUGGACGUGGACACGGGCUUCCACUUUGAUGAGGCUGUGGCGGAGGAGGUGCUGACCAUCGAGCAGGAGGCCGAGGUGGAGACCGAGGACGGCAAUGGGGGCCAGGACAGCGAGGAUCUGCCCACGGCGGAGGAGGUGCACGCCACCAUGAAGCAGUUCCAUCUGCGCAAGUGCCAGCCAGCGCAGGAUGAGGCUGCGCGUCGCGCCAAAAGCGCUCGCGUUCGUCGUCGGAACAAAGUUUCGCCAGAGCAGAGCGAUGAUGCGGAGGAGCGCAACCAACGGGGACGAUCGGCUUACGCCCGGAAGACGCAGUCGCCGCCCGAUCCCCUGGAACCGUGGAGCACCCGCGAGCUGCAGGACAUCAACAAGAUCCUGGCCAGAAAGUGAACGCAGAACAGAACGCAGAUAGUGUCUGGCACAUAGUCCUUGGUGGCUUAUAAUUGUUUAUCAGAGCUUAGCUUAGUUAGAAGUACAAAUACAUAAUAAACCGCGGAUGCCACACGAAACGCUGGGUUAUGCUUUGGAUCGGUGGCAUCCGCGUCGUACACUAA